CGCCCCUCGUAACGCCACUUCCGGGCCAGCGCGCUGAGCCCUUGGGCUGACGUCGGCGCCCCCUUCAUCACCGCCACGGAGCCCCGGUGAGGCUAUGGAUAUACUCUUCAGAAUAAGAGGAGGCCUUGAUCUAGCUUUUCAGCUAGCUACUGCUAAUGAAAUAUUUAUCAAGAAAGCACUAAAACAUGUGCUGAGUGACCUGUCAACCAAGCUUUCUUCAAAUGCCCUUGUGUUCAAAAUCUGCCACAGUUCAGUGUACAUAUGGCCAAACAGUGAUAUUAACACCAUCCCAGGAGAAUUGGCUGAUAGUUCUCCUUGUAAGAGCAUAAUGCGCUUUAUUCACUUUGAACAGGAAGAAGACACAAAACGAAAAUUUAUGAGAAAGAAAGACAGAAAGGUACCAGACAUGCACCAAAUAGUAAAUAUAGAUCUUAUGCUGGAAAUGUCAACCUCUCUGGGAGCUGUAACCCCCAUCAUUGAAAGAGAAAGUGGAGGACACCACUAUGUUAGUAUGACUUUACCUGUUGACGUAGUUCUAUCUGUUGCUCCAGAAGAAACAUGGGGAAAAGUUCGUAAACUUCUAGUUGAUGCAAUUCAUAACCAACUAAGGGAUAUGGAAAAGUGCCUUUUGAAACAUAUGAAAGGAACAUCUAUUGUGGUUCCUGAACCACUGCACUUUCUAUUGCCAGGGGAAAACAAUCUUGUAACAAUUUCAUAUCCAUCAGGAAUUCCAGAUGGUCAGCUGCAGGCUUAUAGAAAGGAGUUACAUGACCUCUUCAAUCUGCCUCAUGACAGACCGUAUUUCAGAAGAUCUAAUGCCUAUCACUUUCCAGAUGAACCAUACAAAGAUGGUUACAUUAGAAAUCCACAUACUUAUCUCAAUCCACCUAACAUAGAGACUGGUAUGAUUUAUAUGGUCCAGGGUAUCUAUGGCUAUCAUCACUAUAUGCAGGAUCGGAUAGAUGACAAUGGCUGGGGCUGUGCUUACCGAUCUCUGCAGACAAUCUGCUCUUGGUUCAAACACCAAGGCUACACAGAGAGAUCCAUUCCAACACACAGAGAAAUUCAGCAGGCCCUAGUUGAUGCCGGGGACAAACCAGCAACAUUUGUUGGAUCACGACAGUGGAUUGGAUCCAUCGAGGUACAGCUGGUACUGAACCAACUGAUUGGUGUAACUUCAAAAAUAUUGUUUGUCAGCCAAGGUUGUGAAAUGGCCUCUCAAGGACGGGAGCUGGCUAAUCAUUUCCAGACUGAAGGAACUCCAGUCAUGAUCGGAGGAGGAGUUUUGGCCCACACAAUACUAGGAGUGGCAUGGAAUGAGAUUACAGGGCAGAUAAAAUUUCUGAUUUUAGAUCCACAUUACACAGGCGCUGAAGAUCUGCAAGUUAUUUUGGAAAAGGGCUGGUGUGGAUGGAAAGGCCCAGACUUUUGGAACAAAGAUGCUUACUAUAAUUUAUGUCUUCCUCAGCGACCGAAUAUUUUUUAAAGUAUCCCAGACUCAAAUACUGUAGUAAAGUUGUAUUAUAAAUUUGUUAAUAAAGACUAAGUUUAACUUCA